ACAAGAUGAGAAUCACAAGUCUGACAUAACGUUUAUGUUUCUGCGUGCGCGGUGGCGCCUGUCUAUAGGGACCAAAUGUCGACUAGGGAAUCUAAUUAUCGCCUCGAGGACUCCACCUGAAAUAUAGAGUUCUCGGUGGAGAUUUCGAGAUUUUAAUAAACAACAAAUGCGCGACGCUGAAUGCUACGCGGUGAACAGCCAGAUGCGCGCCUCGCCUGCCAGUCUGUCAUCACAGGCAACGACGUAUGACAUUUGCAUCACAGGAAAGAUGAACUAGCUCAACUUGCUUGCUUUUGUGGGGAAAAAAUGCCAUUGUGUUUGGUUAUUGAAAUAUGAGCCAAACGCUCUGCAGAACUAUUAGUCGUUAUUUUGUAGCCGCAUGAUAGCCUUUCAAUUUAACAUAAAUUAUCCAACAUCCAUCUUUCAAUAAAUAAUCUUAUAGCCUACCCGUUGACAUCGCUGAGGAAGUUCGCCUCAGCUGUGGGGCACCAUCAAUCUAUGAAUAUUCGCACACAAUCAUUUGGAAUCUUUAGUUCAUUCAUACAAAAUGUGCGAGAAUAGACUACUUGAAUGUUAUUGGGUGCGUAGAAGUCCUCUGUAGGCUACCAGCGACAGACAUUUCGACAUAGGCUACUGACAGAGGAGACAGAACGACUGCUAUUUUCUACGUGGCAUGAGUCGGUAAAGGAACCUUUGAUAUUUGUGUUUUGGUUCCAGGUUUGAUAUAUCUGCAUUGAGAGUCAACAAUUGUGGAUAGCCUAUAAUGGAAUUUCUUAACCACCGACAUUAGAACCGCAUCGGUCCUUCAGCACAAGGUAUUUAGCCAUUGAAGCCUAAAAUAUUUAGGAAAACAUCCAAAGAGAUACGUUUUGCAAUGGCAAAUUGAAAACGGCUUAUCUACAACCAUUUCAAACGGACUGCGCAGCACACAUUUAUGUGCUAGGCUAGAGACGUUAUUGCUUAUUAUGGAAAACUGGGACCGCCUUUACGCGCCUAAACGAAAUAAUGUCUUAAAAUGAGGCGAGGUCGCAUUACUAUUUAUUCUGAUACGCAUAUGGGUAUAAUUCCAUGAGCAUAAACAUGAUAUGAGGGAUACGCCGCCACUGUUUUUGUCAUUUUUAACCGGCAGGAUUUUUCCCGUUUCAUUCGCAGUGGUUGUUUUGAAGAUAGCAGGUUAUUAAUUGUUUAUCUUUAUGCAUCCGCACGAAGAAGGACCAAGAAAUGACAAACGACGGAUAACCAGAGGAGAAGGAGACCGUGAAAAAAGGGGAAAGGAAGAAUGAAUGAGAUAUACUGAGCAACGAAGGAAGGAGAUUGGAGGAAUCAAGAUCACCUCAUAUAGAGGUGUUAGUGGGAGGAGCUCUCUCCAUGACCCUGUGCCUGCUGACCACACCCAAAUUCCCUCUAACCCCGCCCUCCAGCAUGGCGCUGUCACUCUGGCUGCUGUGUACCUGUGCUGUCACCUCCCUGCUCAUCGCCCCCUCUGCUCAAGCUCUGAGUCGGUCAGCGAUGCCCUUCGGCCUGAUGCGUAGAGAGCUGGCGUGCGAGGGAUACCCCAUCGAGCUGCGCUGCCCUGGCAGUGAUGUCAUCAUGAUUGAGACAGCCAACUACGGCCGCACGGACGACAAGAUCUGUGACGCUGACCCCUUCCAAAUGGAGAACGUGCAGUGUUACCUGCCUGACGCCUUCAAGAUCAUGUCACAGAGGUGUAAUAACCGUACCCAGUGUGUGGUGGUGGCAGGGUCCGAUGUGUUCCCAGACCCCUGCCCAGGGACCUACAAGUACCUGGAGAUACAGUACGAGUGUGUCCCCUACAAAGUGGAUCAAAAAGUCUUUGUGUGUCCGGGCACACUGCUGCGUGUACAGGCGGCCAGCUCGCUGCAGGAGGCAGAGCAUCAGUCGGGGGCGUGGUGUAAGGACCCCCUGCAGUCAGGUGACCGGCUCUAUGUCAUGCCUUGGACUCCCUACCGCACCGACAUGCUGUAUGAGUACGCCUCCUGGGAGGACUUCAGACAGAACCGCGCCACCACCACCUACAAGUUGCCGAACCGUGUUGAUGGCACAGGCUUCGUGGUAUACGAUGGCGCCGUGUUCUACAAUAAGGAGCGCACACGCAACAUGGUCAAGUAUGACCUGCGCACACGCAUCAAGAGCGGCGAGGCCAUUAUCGCCAACGCCAACUACCACGACACAUCGCCCUACCGCUGGGGUGGGAAGAGCGAUAUCGACCUGGCGGUGGACGAGAACGGGCUGUGGGUCAUCUACGCCACAGAGUCCAACAACGGACGACUGGUGGUCAGCCAGGUGAACCCGUACACCCUGCGCUUCGAGGGCACCUGGGAGACCAGCUUCGACAAGAGGCUGGCGUCCAACGCCUUCAUGGCGUGCGGCGUGCUCUACGCCGUGCGCAGUGUCUAUCAGGACGACGACAGCGAGGCCGGCGGGGAUCUGAUCCUUUACGCCUACAACACGAACCGUGCCCGGGAGGAGCCCGUCCACAUCCCCUUCCCUAACCCCUACCAGUACGUCUCCUCUGUGGACUAUAACCCCAGAGACAACCAGCUCUACAUCUGGAACAACUAUAAUGUUCUGAGAUACCCGCUGGAGUUCGGACCACCGGACCCCACCACUGGCCCUCUGACGACCACUCAGGUGACCAGCACCACUCCAGCCCGACCUUUCACCUCCAGUUCUAGCCCUGCUACCACCCGCCCCCUGGCCCCCACCUCUCACCCCAUUGGUGCUAUCAACAAGGGCCCUGACCUGCGGCCAAUCACAGCCACCGUACCAGUCACCAGGCGGCCUCCCCGCCCACCCGUCCAGGGCCCGGAGCCCCAGGUGUGUGAGUCCAGAGUGGCCAGAGGGGUGCAGUGGCCCUCCACCCAGAGAGGAGAGACUGUGGACCGCCCCUGUCCUAAAGGAUCACUAGGCAUCGCCUCGUUCCAGUGCUUGGCGGCUCCGGUCAUGUGGAACCCUCGGGGCCCUGACCUCAGUAACUGCACCUCUCCCUGGGUCAACCAGGUAGCCCAGAAGAUAAAGAGUGGUGAGAAUGCUGCCAACAUAGCUGGGGAGUUGGUGAACCACACACGGGGGCGGAUCCACGCUGGUGAUGUCAGCUCGUCAGUGCGUCUGAUGGAACAGCUGCUGGACAUACUGGAUGCCCAGCUUCAGGCCCUGCGGCCCGGCAACAAGGAGUCAGCCGCACGCAACUACAACAAGCUCCAGAAGAGAGAGAGGACCUGUCGGGCUUACAUCCAGGCGGUAGUGCAGACAGUGGACAACCUGCUGCGUACAGAGGCUCUGGAGUCGUGGCAGGACAUGAACACUACGGAGCAGGCCCACACCGCCACCAUGCUAUUGGACGUCCUGGAGAAAGGAGCCUUCCUAUUGGCCAACAACAUGUACGGCAACCGCUUCACCGACCGGGCCCCCAAUAUCGAUCUGGAGGUGCACGUGUUGAACACAGAGAUGGACCUUCAGGACCUGUCCUUUCCUCAGAACUACGUGAGCGACAGCACCAUCCAGCUCUCCGCCUCCACCAUCAAACAGUACAGCCGCAAUGGCCAAGUCAAGGUAGUGUUUGUUCUUUAUAAGAACUUGGGCUCCUUCCUGUCUACGGAGAACGCCACGGUGAAGAUGGAGCUGGAGGCGGCACCGGGGGAGCGGGGAUUGGCGGUCAACUCCCACGUCAUCGCCGCCUCCAUCAAUAAAGAGUCCAGCAGAGUGUUCCUCACUGAGCCGGUGGUGUUCACACUCAAACACUUACAGUUGGAGAACCACUACAGUCCCAACUGUUCGUUCUGGAAUUACUCUGAGCGGUCGAUGACAGGCCAAUGGUCGUCUCAGGGCUGUAGACUGCUGGACACCAACAGCACACACACCACCUGCUCCUGUUCCCACCUCACCAACUUUGCUGUGCUCAUGGCCCACCACCAGCCUGAUUACCCUGGGAGGAUGCAUGAGUUGAUCCUGUUUGUGAUCACCUGGGUGGGCAUAGUGAUCAGCCUGGUGUGCCUGGCUAUCUGCAUCUCUACCUUUUGCUUCCUGAGGGGCCUGCAGACCGACCGCAACACCAUCCACAAGAACCUCUGCAUCAACCUCUUCAUCGCAGAGCUCCUCUUCCUUAUCGGAAUCGACAAGACCCAGUACCACAUUGCCUGUCCGAUCUUUGCUGGGCUGCUUCACUUCUUCUUCCUGGCUGCAUUCUCCUGGAUGUGUCUGGAGGGGGUGCAGCUCUAUCUGUUGCUGGUGGAGGUGUUUGAGAGCGAGUACUCCCGCAAGAAGUACUACUACCUGUGUGGCUACUGCUUCCCAGCUCUGGUGGUGGGCAUCUCGGCAGCCAUAGACUACCGGAGCUAUGGGACCAAGAAAGCGUGCUGGUUGCGGGUGGAUAACUACUUCAUCUGGAGCUUCAUUGGCCCUGUUUCUUUUGUUAUUAUGCUGAACCUGGUGUUCCUCAUGAUCACCGUGCACAAGAUGACCCGCAACUCCUCUGCGCUAAAACCUGACUCCAGUCGCCUCGACAACAUCAAGUCAUGGGCUAUUGGGGCCAUCGCCCUGCUCUUCCUGCUUGGUCUGACCUGGUCCUUCGGCCUCCUCUUCAUCAACGAGAACACAGUUAUCAUGGCUUACCUCUUCACCACCUUCAACGCCUUCCAGGGAAUGUUCAUCUUCAUCUUCCACUGCGCUCUGCAGAAAAAGGUGCAUAAGGAGUACAGUAAGUGUCUGCGUCACUCGUACUGCUGCAGCCGUUCCUCCACCACCAGCUCCCACGGCUCCCUGAAGAACUCUGCCCUGCGUGCCAACAACCGCUACUACACUGGCAACCAGGCCCGCCACGCUGCCGCACACAGACAGAGUCGGAUCCGCAGGAUGUGGAACGACACGGUUCGGAAGCAGACGGAAUCUUCCUUCAUGGCGGGAGACAUCAACAGUACUCCUUCACUCAACCGUGCCACCAUGGGAAACCACCUCCUGACCAACCCAGUGUUACAGACCCGUACUGGCACCUCUCCCUACAACACCCUACUGGCUGAGAGCUUCACUCCCCCUUCUCCUGGGGUCUUCAACUCCACCGGAACCUUCCGUGACCCAAAGAACACUCUGUGUAAGGCCCGUGAUCCAUGUGGUAUGGACACCCUGCCCCUCAAUGGUAACUUCAACAACAGCUACUCCCUCCGCAGCGUGGGGCCGGUGGGCGGUGGCGGGGGCAGCUGUGACUUCCUGGGCGGGGGCAUGGGGUGUGCAGACACCCCCCCUCCCCUCCUCAACCCCCGCGGGUCUGAAACCCUGGGCGGGGACGGAAUACGGCGCAACCUGUCUGACGCAGCUGCCUUCGAGAAGAUGAUCAUCUCUGAGCUGGUGCACAACAACCUGCGUGGGGCAGGAGCUGGGGGCGGGGAUAGGGUAUGUGGUAGUCUAGCGAGGGGCCCUCCUCACGGCGGAGUAGGCCGAGGCACGGGAGUAGCUGUGCCAGAGCCGAGCAUCAGCCUGGACGACGACGAGGACUUCCUAUCCAGAGAAGGCGGGCGCCAGAGGACGCCGCAGGACGUGGAGCUGCUCUACAAAGCCCUGGAGGAGCCGCUGCUACUGCAGAGAGCCCAAUCUGUCCUUUACCAGUCUGACCCCGAGGAGUCAGAGAGCUACACGGCCGACCUCACAGAGAGCCUGGGCCACAGCGGCCACAGUGGGCACAGCGCCGGAGGCCAGGGGUCUGGGGGACAGGGCCCUGACUCUCCCGCCAGGGACUCCCUGUACACCAGCAUCACCAACCUGCGAGACUCGCCCUACCCGGACAGUAGCCCCGAGCCCCUGGAGGUGGUGCCCCGCUCGGCCCAGCCCCCUGAGGAGCUCUAUUACAGCUCUGGGAGGCCCGCCCUGGGGUCUCGAGGAGCACCCAUGCAGACCUUCUACCAGGCCCCGCCCCCCAGGAGGCCCAGUAGGGAGGGGGAGGGGCACCCCGGCCAGGAGCCCACCCACAGCGAGGGAGACGGACAGAUGCAGCUGGUCACCAGCCUGUGACUGGAACCGGGAGGAUGCGGACGGGGACCAAGAUGAUGAGGAUGAGGAUGAAGGCUGGCUGGUUGCCUCCUCAGAACCCGCCUCUCGCUCUUUCUCUCGCUCCUCUCCACUUCCUGCUUGAUUGGUUGCCUUUUUUCCCCUCUUUAUUUGUAUUGAAAGAUGAGCGAACAAAUUUAAAUUUAAGGAGAGGUUUAGCUGUCUCCACGGCAACAGUCUUAUCCUAGAGAACCUCCGCUGUCUGGUGGAGAUGAGUGAUGGCUGAGUUGUUCUUCUCUGGAACAUUCACCCGCUCUCUCCUUCUCUCUCUUCUACAUCCCCCUUUCUCUUGGCACGCAGCAGACAGAUGCCAAGUCCAGCACUCUGAAUGUACCAAUCCAACAAACCCCUUAUACCUUACUCCUACAGAGCUACAGAUAUUUCUCAACUUAACUUUGUUCAAAGUCCAUUUUAUUUAAUUUCACUGAAUUUCUACAAACAUUCCUCUAGAGAAAUUGUUCUCAUUUUCUAGUUCCCUUUUCUCUUUCCAUUUCUCAUGUUCCAUCUCUCUUUUUGUUCACUCAUCAUUUGCUCGGCGUAGUUAGCUGUGGAGACAGGGGAUAUACUGUAGUAGCCUAUUAUACCAUAGGAAGAAAAUCUCUGAAAGCUACUUCAGUGUUGCCAAAAAUACAUUUUCCCAGCCAGAACAGAAACUGGAGCAUUCGCACACACACAGACAUACACACACAGCCAUACACACACACACCCACUCACUCACUCACAGAAGUGCUUGUUUCUGAACAUCAGACACAACCCUCCAUCUGAGUAAAAAGAAGCCAGAACAAUUGUUCAGACAAGGCAGUUGGAGCUGUCUAAGAGUAGUUGCCUUUAUUUUAUCUUGCUAUGAACUGACUCGUAUAUACAGAACUAGAGGAGAGACUGAGGAAGUAAGAAGUACACCACAGGACAGGAAGGCUGUUUGAGGGGUCAAGGGUCAGGGGUCAAGAGGUAGAUCUUUAGGACUCGAGGAACGGACAAGGACUUUUUUUUUUUUGGGGGGGGGGGGGGGGGGGGGGGGACUUUUUUGUUAUUUUCUUCAGACAUUUGAAAAGUAAAAGACUGCUUUACUAAGAAGAAUAUGUUAUCUUGGUGACUUUCUGUUGCAUCACCCGGAGGGUUAAAGGGACAGAUUGUGCACCCUUUAAGAAUGGAUGCCCUCUUCAAUGGAUGUGUCCACGUCACCUAUGUGUGGUUGUGACAGAAUGGACUCUAAAUGUUGGAACCACUUCAGCCGUUACGCAAGUCUAACCCUGUACAUAGGAACCACACAAACUACAGUACUUACUCUACUCCUACCGUGUAAAUACAGAAACCAGAUGAAGAAAAGCAACAAAAAAGUAAGAAAUACUAAAAACAGACUUCUUGUACUGCAACAAAACAACAAAAGAAAAAAAGAAAAUGUUUUGGAGUUUGUGACCUGAAUGAUGCACUCCAUCUCUCUGCCCGUCUUUAUCUUGCUCUCUCACUGUCGUUCCCUUGAGUCAUAACUAGUGCUGUGCCAUUCAGUGAAAAUCUCUCGAACAGAAAAACAGAGAGAGAGAAAGAGUAUGAUGGGUGGUAGAUUUUGCAUACAAAUAAAAACGUUUAAAAAAAGUUCUGGCACAAUUUUAUGUAAUAUAAUCCAUUACAUGUUGUUAAUGUUUGACCUUUGACAUUCCCAGACAGGAAGUGCUGUGUGGGUGGGGGAGGGGGGAUAGAUGUCAUAAUAACAUGUCAUACUGUGCCUCAUCAUGGGCGUUCCAAUGCAUUGUGGUUCAAGGACAGCAGCCAUAAUGUGAUUUUGGUCAGUAAUGUAUUGUUUGAAAGGUUAUAUCCUAGAUACAACUAAAUGAUAUCAUUUUAAUAUGAUGGGUUUUAGCAUGUCAGAUAACAUUUGUUUUUUAUCAAAACGUCUUUCAUUUUGCUGUUUCUAACAGAUAGUUUCAGCAUUAUUCCAGAGCCUAAUGUGACAAUGAAUUCCCUGGGGUUUUUUGUGUCUGUGUGUCUGUGUGUGUGUGUGUGUGUGUGUGUGUGUGUGUGUGUGUGUGUGUGCGCGCGAGAGAGAGAGUUUGUGUGUAUGCGUACAUGUCCAGGAGAGUGUGUGCGUACAUGUGGGUACCAUAUUCGUGGGAAUUUUGUAAGUGUGUACAUUCAAAAAGCUAUUUUUGUUGGGUGAAUUGAAUGCACACCAGAGGAAGGGGACAGUAAUUCUAUAUCUAGGAGAAAGCCUUUUAUUCUAUUAGCUUCCAUCUCAAAGACUAGGGUAGCCAGCUGCUUCUGAGGGUUCAGGUACCAACGUAAAACUGGGACACUUCAGGCUGCCUCACAGGAUCUUGAGCAAGGAACAAUGACAGGGUUUGUCCAAAAUGGCACCCUAUUUCAUAUGUAGUGCAGUUCUGACCAGGGCCUCCCUAUGGAUUGAACUACUAUUGACCAGAGCCCUAUGUAGUGAACUAAUAUUGACCAGAGCCCUAUGCGAACAAAGACAGAACUUGGAUCAAAGAAGCAUGCUGUGUUCAAAAUGGAAACAUAGUGCACAACUUUUCACCAGGGAAAAAGUUGUCCACUAUGUAGGGAAUAGGGUGCCAUUUCAGACAGUACAGUCAAAAUGACAGGCAGACUUGACCGAUGGGACCAUCCAGUCAGAAUGACAGGCAGACUUGACCAAUGGGACCAUCCAGUCGGAAUGACAGGCAGACUUGACCAAUGGGACCAUCCAGUCAGAAUGACAGGCAGAGUUGACCGAUGGGACCAUCCAGUCAGAAUGACAGGCAGAGUUGACCGAUGGGACCAUCCAGUCAGAAUGACAGGAAGAGUUGACCAAUGGGACCAUCCAGUCAGAAUGACAGGCAGAGUUGACCGAUGGGACCAUCCAGUCAGAAUGACAGGAAGAGUUGACCAAUGGGACCAUUCAGUCAGAAUGACAGGCAGUGUUGACCGAUGGGACCAGAAUGACAGGCAGAGUUGACCGAUGGGACCAGAAUGUCAGAAUGACAGGCAGAGUUGACCAAUGGGACCAUCCAGUCAGAAUGACAGGCAGAGUUGACAAAUGGGACCAUCCAGUGAGAAUGACAGGCAGAGUUGACCGAUGGGACCAGAAUGUCAGAAUGACAGGCAGAGUUGACCAAUGGGGCCAUCCAGUCAGAAUGACAGGCAGAGCUGACCAAUGGGACCAUCCAGUCAGAAUGACUGGCAGAGUUGACAAAUGGGACCAUCCAGUGAGAAUGACAGGCAGAGUUGACCGAUGGGACCAGAAUGUCAGAAUGACAGGCAGAGUUGACCAAUGGGGCCAUCCAGUCAGAAUGACAGGCAGAGCUGACCAAUGGGACCAUCCAGUCAGAAUGACUGGCAGAGUUGACCAAUGGGACCAUCCAGUCAGAAUGACAGGCAGAGUUGACCGAUGGGACCAUCCAGUAAGAAUGACAGGCAGAGUUGACCGAUGGGACCAUCCAGUCAGAAUGACAGGCAGAGUUGACCAAUGGGACCAUCCAGUCAGAAUGACAGGCAGAGUUGACCAAUAAGACCAUCCAGUCAGAAUGACAGGCAGACUUGACCAAUGGGACCAUCCAGUCAGAAUGACAGGCAGAGUUGACCAAUGGGACCAGAAUGUCAGAAUGACAGGCAGUGGACUGAUGGGACCAUCCAGUCAGAAUGACAGGCAGAGUUGACCAAUGGGACCAUCCAGUCAGAAUGACAGCCAGUUGACCGAUGGGACCAGAAUGUCAGAAUGACAGGCAGAGUUGACCGAUGGGACCAUCCAGUCAGAAUGACAGGCAGAGUUGACCAAUGGGACCAUCCAGUAAGAAUGACAGGCAGAGUUGAACAAUGGGACCAUCCAGUCAGAAUGACAGGCAGAGUUGACCAAUGGGACCAUCCAGUAAGAAUGACAGGCAGAGUUGACUGAUGAGACCAGACAGUCAGAAUGACAGGCAGAGUUGACUGAUGAGACCAGACAGUCAGAAUGGCAGGCAGAGUUGACUGAUGAGACCAGACAGUCAGAAUGACAGGCAGAGUUGACCAAUGGGACCAUCCAGUCAGAAUGACCGGCAGAGUUGACCAGUGGGACCAUCCAGUCAGAAUGACAGGCAGAGUUGACUGAUGAGACCAGAAUGUCAGAAUGACAGGCAGAGUUGACUGAUGAGACCAGACAGUCAGAAUGACAGGCAGAGUUGACCAAUGAGACCAGACAGUCAGAAUGACAGGCAGAGUUGACUGAUGAGACCAGACAGUCAGAUUGACGGGCAGAGUUGACUGAUGAGACCAGACAGUCAGAAUGACAGGCAGAGUUGACCAAUGAGACCAGACAGUCAGAAUGACAGGCAGAGUUGACUGAUGAGACCAGACAGUCAGAAUGACAGGCAGAGUUGACUGAUGAGACCAGACAGUCAGAAUGACAGGCAGAGUUGACCAAUGGGACCAUCCAGUCAGAAUGACAGGCAGAGUUGACCGAUGGGACCAGAAUGUCAGAAUGACAGGCAAAGUUGACCAAUGGGGCCAUCCAGUCAGAAUGACAGGCAGAGCUGACCAAUGGGACCAUCCAGUCAGAAUGACUGGCAGAGUUGACCAAUGGGACCAUCCAGUCAGAAUGACAGGCAGAGUUGACCGAUGGGACCAUCCAGUCAGAAUGACAGGCAGAGUUGACCAAUGGGACCAUCCAGUAAGAAUGACAGGCAGAGUUGAACAAUGGGACCAUCCAGUCAGAAUGACAGGCAGAGUUGACCAAUGGGACCAUCCAGUAAGAAUGACAGGCAGAGUUGACCAAUGGGACCAUCCAGUCAGAAUGACAGGCAGAGUUGACCAAUGGGGCCAUCCAGUCAGAAUGACAGGCAGAGUUGACCAAUGGGACCAUCCAGUCAGAAUGACAGGCAGAGUUGACCAAUGGGACCAUCCAGUCAGAAUGACAGGCAGAGUUGACCAAUGGGACCAGACAGUCAGAAUGACAGGCAGAGUUGACCAAUGGGACCAGACAGUCAGAAUGACAGGCAGAGUUGACCAAUGGGACCAGACAGUCAGAAUGACAGGCAGAGUUGACUGAUGAGACCAGACAGUCAGAAUGACAGGCAGAGUUGACCAAUGGGGCCAUCCAGUCAGAAUGACAGACAGAGUUGACUGAUGAGACCAGACAGUCAGAAUGACAGGCAGAGUUGACUGAUGAGACCAGACAGUCAGAAUGGCAGGCAGAGUUGACUGAUGAGACCAGACAGUCAGAAUGACAGGCAGAGUUGACCAAUGGGACCAUCCAGUCAGAAUGACCGGCAGAGUUGACCAGUGGGACCAUCCAGUCAGAAUGACAGGCAGAGUUGACUGAUGAGACCAGAAUGUCAGAAUGACAGGCAGAGUUGACUGAUGAGACCAGACAGUCAGAAUGACAGGCAGAGUUGACUGAUGGGACCAGACAGUCAGAAUGACAGGCAGAGUUGACUGAUGAGACCAGACAGUCAGAAUGACGGGCAGAGUUGACUGAUGAGACCAGACAGUCAGAAUGACAGGCAGAGUUGACUGAUGAGACCAGAAUGUCAGAAUGUAGCGUUGCCGUAUUAAAGCGUUUCCAGAGAGAAACCAUCCAUCAAACCAGAGAUGUAUUCAUGAGGUUCCUUCCCCCUAAAGUCUGUCCCAACCUUAAAAAUCUGAGAGUUUUGCCAUUCUCUUUAUUUAUGUAUUUUUCUAAUGCUUUAUUUAUCUUUAUAUUUAUUUAUGUAUUUGGAAUAUUUAUUUCUAUGUUCAUUUAUUCAUGCUUUAUUUUUUAUUUUUCAAGAUCUCUGUACAUAGCUGAGCUGUGCGAUGCGAAUGCUGAAGUAAGCCCAUUUAAAUGUGCAGUACAUUUAGGCAAGUAGAUGGAUUCUCCAGCGUCCACUUCAGGGUGACAUUUGGUUAGGGCCUGGGUGUCCCACUUCUUCCUAAAGAGUCCUAAAGGGCACAUUGAGUUUAGUUGGGGCUCUUGGGGGAGAAAGAGAAGGAUUGAGAGCCGGGAUAGAAUUAAGAAUAUAUUCGUUUUUUCCUCCAUUUCUUCUUGGUAGAGGAAUCUCUCUUAGUUCAGACUCAGAUAGGAGGCCCAGGUGUUCUACAGGAGGCAUGUGUGCAAUACUCUGCUGGUGUGUCUGACUUGGUUUAACAUUGGAAACGGCCUGGUAGGGUAGUGUUACUAUAUGCCUACCACUGGACCGCUGUGUAUGUCUGUGUUUACAGAAGGAUCUGAUAAUUAUGCACAUUUUCUUUUGCUUGUUACUGGAAAUAUUAAUUCAACAUUGGCCUUGCAGCUCAUAGUUAAUUCAAUAGGAGCAUUGACCGGUCAGCAAUGGACAAUUGAAUGUAUGUUGACUAGAAGGAAUAAAGAAAAGUUAAUGAAUGCCCUACACUGACCGCCAUCAUUAUCAUCACAUCACCACCUACAUCUUUAUUGAUGUGAUCUUCAAAGUUUACCUUUAGCUGGUAACCUCACAGGGACAGACACUGUGUAUGGACAGACUCACCAGGAGGGGAAGAACCUGCAUCACCAUCUCCUGUGUAGUCUCUCUCUCUCGCUCUCUCGCUCUCUCGCUCGCUCGCUCUCUCGCUCUCUCGCUCGCUCUCUCGCUCGCUCUCUCGCUCGCUCUCUCUCUCUCUCUCUCUCUUCCCUCACCUCUCUCACUCCAUCCCAUCUUAUUCCACCAAUGGGCUCUCUUUUAGCCCAGCAUUAAUCCCAGAGUUUUGUUUGGAGUUAAUUUGUUUGUCUUAAGCUUUGUUUACACCAGAUUGAUAUCUCAAUAAACAGUGGAGCCGUACUGUAUUGUGGUAAUGCUAGUGAUUAUACAGCAGAAAGCACUGUAGGACCCAGAGACCUGCUCAAUGGGAGUUUCACCCCCAUCUAAAUCCCUAUGUUACCUCUGAUUAGGAUAAUAACACUGGCUAAUCAUUUACUGUGCUGAGACCACAGAGGGAGAGACCUCUAUACACACACACACACACACACACACACGCACCCACACACACACUCUCUCUCCCUCCCUCCCCCUCACUCUCUCACCCACUUCCAGCCCACUACUCCCUGCCCGUGCAUCUAGCCCCUACCUCCAUGUGUGCAGGCAGGUGGAUUGAAGGUUCUUAUAGGAUAGAGUUGGAGUCAGUCUGUCCCUUCAGUCUGCGGCCCCUGCAGCUCUACCCCAGUAGAACAGUCAUCUCUCAGUGUUCCAAUAGACAGCGGAGGACACUGUGAUCUGACAGUAACGUUGCCCUGCUGCUGACCUUCUCAGAUGGACUGUUUCUCUCCCAGGUCUGUGAUGCCCAUAUCCUGUGACCUCUGCGUUAGUGUGAAAACAUGUCAGUGGUUCCUCUGCAGUGGAGCGGAGGAGAGGAGAGGAGGAGCACUGGGUCAGGUAGUCUAUCCCCAGGGAACUGCCAUAAAGGGAGCGGUGUCAGGACAUGUGAUGUCACAGUUAGCCAGGGACAGAGUGUGUGUGGGGGGAUGAGUGUCAGUGUGCCUGUGUGUUCGUGCAAGGUUAUACAGGAAGCAGAGAUAAGAAUGUGAUUUAUUGUUCUAGAUGCCUUACUGUUGCCGUGGUGAGGAGUCAGGAGGUUCCAGUUGAUCAACUAACCAGGCGCAUUAGAUCAACUCCACUGGCCUCACAAACCCAUUGUAACAGUAACACAGAGGUCUCUGUCGGUGUAAUGAAAUUAUUGAGAUAUAAUAGGAAUCAACUGCCACAUCUACUGGACAAGGGAGGUUUUCAGAGUGAUAAGGAAUACAACAGGUUUUCCUGUAGAGAAUAAUAAAUUAGUACUAUUUUGUUAUUGGUCUCUUGUUACGUGUCCACAUGACUAUAUACAGUACAUAUAUCAUAGUUUUAAGAAUAUGUGGGAGUAUGAUUACACAAAUGCAGUGACAAGGAUUGUGCUGUUUAUUUUUGUGUUGGGUAACUGUCCGUCCAUGGAGCUGAGUUAUGGCUCAAAGCGGCGGCCAUCUUUUAUACACAGGGUGGGACUACAACAGAUGGAUUUCUGGGUAGGGUAGGCUGGGUACUCUACACCCGGAACCUCUGGUCCAAAAUCAAAAGACAACACACACACACAUACUACACGCAUAGUAACACACAUACAUGUCCAGUCAGGUUAGGUAGUUUAAACUACUGUGUACAGUGAAGUGGCGCUAGAGAUCAUAAAAGAUCAUAAGGGAUUUACCGUUUACAUGUUUAAAGUCGAUCCACGUAACCGUAGGAGCUAGGAGCAGGCUGACGUUGACCUAUUCAUUUUUGUAGGCAUGUUUUUCUAUUUCUGAAUACACAUCCCAGUACUCUGGCUCCUCUGACUGUGUGACUCUGAUCUGAACUGUGUCUGAAACUCUGCAUGUGUGGAUGACUAACGCUAUGGGACACUGAUGAACCAUCUCUGUGGUGAGCAGCUCCAUGGGACACACAUACUCCCCACGAGGCUGACUGGUCACUGUAGGCUAGAGAUGCUGGUCUAAGUGGCCAGCCACCUAUCGAGGUCUAUUGGUGAGUGUUCUGCAUGGCUGUAAGUGAACAAGGGCAGGGUCUGGGAAAUGUGCAUGAGAUGUUCUGGGCUCUAUACUGUAGGAGGGGUUGUGAUGCUGUUAGUAGCAUGUCAGUAUGUUCAUUGGUCAGACCCAGCCAGACAGUAUUAGACAUUAGGAAUGACCAGACAGGUAGACAGUCUACGGCAGAGAAGUGUUGGUAAGAGAUGAGUGACGACUGGUAGAACUAUUGCUGGGUGUAUGGAUGGAAGGGCUCAGUUUGGGAGGUUCAUCAUCAGUAGGACCUUUGAGGACGGAGUACUGAUCGUGUGCCAUUGGGGUGAUGAUAAUGUGUACAUCUCCAUUUAGAGUACUUCUCUUAGAUUUUACUAUGAUGGGUUUUUCUCCAUUCAUUUAUUCUGUACUUCUGAAUCCUUUCUAAAGAGAGGUUGAUGUAAAACCUUGAUUCAGUUUUGUUCUUUUUUUAUUUGAGGACUGAUGUGUGAUUCUUUUCUCACGUCAUUGCUUUGACAGCUGUCUGUCUAUCUGGGCCAAAGGGGGUGGUGGUUUUCUGUGAGCGUUUGCGUCAUCGCAGGUCAGCGCGACCCUGUAUCAGCACAUAUUAAUAAAAAACUAUUUAAAAUCGAA